AUGCCAAAGUGGCUCGCGGACGCUGUGCUGGAGGCUGCGCGGGAGACGCUGCGUACGGCGGGCACCGCGAGCCUGGUGUGGGCUAGGCAGACCGCGCAGGUGUGCCCCGACUGCACCUGCACUCCCAGCCUGGCGUGCCCUGCCCUGCAGUGCCCGCCCUGCACGCUCGGGGGCGCGGCCUGCCCGAGCUGUCCGGAGGUCAGCUGCCCGAGGGCGGCGCCCGACCUCAGCAGGUGGUGGAUCGUCGCGGUGGUGGUCGCGGGCCUCUUCGGGCUGGCGACGGGCUGCUGCGCGGGGGCCUUGUUCGGCUCGGGGCUUCGCCGGGCGGUGCAUGGCCGAUUCGAGGCGCACUGGCACGAGCGCCUCCUGCUCUGCAAGGUGCGGGGAACGACGUGGGUCAUCGUCACUCCUGAUGGCGAUGUCUAUCCAGAGGACAUCCGGGCCCUCGGAGGCACGCCUUGCCUGCAAGGGUCUGUGCCACCGGCGAUCCCCGCCAACGCUCUGCUGUACAGGUUCCCGCCGCUCGGCCAGCUGCACACGGCGGCGGAGUGGCGUCAGAUCUUCGACGACGGGAUCGCGACCGCCCAGAUGAAGAGGGCGGGGCUGGGCAUCGACGACGACGCUGCUGAUGCUGAGUCUGGUGCUGUGCGUGAUCGGGUGGGUCAACAUGGCUGGACCGCCGGGACGGGCCUGCCGGCUGGACCGCCGCCCGCUGGAGCCGGCGCCGGGGCCGGGGCUCUGGUGGCAGACGUGGGCGCGGCUCCCGCGGCCGACGGCCUGGCCGCCCCGCCUGCUGUGCCGCUCGCCGCCGUGGGUGGGGGCGCCGCCAUCCCAGGGGCUGGAGCAGCCAUGGGGGCAGGGGUGGCGCCCGGAGGCGGUCCCGCCCCUGGCAUGCAGUGGAUCGUGGUGGCGAACGACGGCCAGCCGGGGGCGCCCUCCAUCGGGUCCGACUGGAGCGUGGACGCCACGGCCAGCGUCAUGGGCAAGUUCGCGCUGGUCAAGCUUGGGACGGCCACCCUCGUGCUGGAGAGCAUCGCGGUCGGCAACAAGAAGAAUGUGCUGGUCUCGAGGAAGGGCGAGCUCGAGCAGGCGGUGGACCGAGCUUCUGGGCCCGGUCUGCCAGGAGCUGGCCUCGGACCUCAAGCGAAUGGAGACGGGCCGGCGGCUGCAGCGCCGCUCAAGUCUGUUGACGCUCGAGUGCUGCCCGUGCUGUACGACCAGACGGGCCAGAGGUUCAGGGCCUACACUAAUGCCGUCGGGCUGCUGGAGGAGCCACGGUUCGACGACUUCCCGGUGGUUGGCCCAAGAACGACUCUCUGGCUGUGCAAGUUCAUCAGAGACCAGGGGAGCGUGCCCCGCACCAGGACCGAGAAGUGGAUGCGAGACGCCCAUGUGCCGGACAACGACAGAGUCAAGCACGAGCAUGGCAGUCUCAUGGAGAUUCUUGAGACAGCGCUCACAUAUGACCAGCUGGACGUGUCUGCCCUCGCCUCUUUCGAGAUCCUGUCGAGGAGGAUUCAGCUGCUGGAGGAGGCGUACACGUCCAACCCGAAGGCGCCGCGGUUCGAGGGGAGCGAGCACUUCCAGGGCCUUGGCAGGAAAGUCGCGGCCGUGGCGCCGCUACUCACCUCGCGCGUGGCGUUGCAGCUCCAAGGCGAGGCUGCGAUCCAGAAAGAACGACGCAAGGGCUGCGACGAGUUUUUGACCAAGGCAUGGCGGACGGUCGACAGCGUGACCUUCUACCCCUGCCUCGACUUCAUGAUUGGGAAGGCCCUCGUAGCUCACUCAGUCGUGGCGUUCAACAACGUAUUUGCCGCCGUGCUUGGAUCGACAGGCGCGCCGACGAGAAUUUUUUGGGGUCUCAACGAGCUCGGGGGCUUCGGUGACAAGUCGCCCAGCGGUCCUGGUGGUGAGCAGGCGCGUGCUGCUUCUGCCCUGGCUCGUGAAGCGGUUGAAGCUGUGCCCUUGCCUAAGGAGAGACCCGCCCCGCAAGAAGCCCUCGCGGCGCUUCUGCGUACAGACGCCCGCUAUGGUGACAGCGAGUGUGCCGGGAACAUUGCACCGUUUGGCUCGGCUUCAGCGUCUCCGCCGAGUCGCGACCUGCACGGGGUGGACAUCUACGACGUUCUGCCCUCGGACGCGUCGCACAAGUUUAAGCGGUUUCGCGACACCAUCCUUCUCAGUGACGAGGAGUGUGCAUUGCGUAUCAAGAGCGAGGGACUGCCCAAUCCUUACUUUGACCCAGUGCUGGAGGCACAUCCUGCGAAGUGGGAGGGUUUUUGUCGGGAUCUGCGUGACAGGGGACUGGUGCGCUGGACUCGAACCUACGAAGAAAGGGUGGGAUUGUUCUUUGUUCACAAAAAGAGUGGUGACUUACGAUUUAUAUGCGAUGCACGAAGGACCAACAUACGAUUUGACAUCCCAGACUCAAUACAUCUUGCUACUGGCAACUCGCUCAGCCGUCUUCAGUGCGCAUCUGACCAGACCAUCUUUCCGCCCAGCCUUGAUAUUAAGGGCUACCUCCACAAGCUCAGGAUCGAUGAGGAACUCCCUCAGUACCUUGCUCUACCAGCAGUCCGUGCCGCGGCUGUGGGGGUGGAGAGCAUCAAUGGUAUCAAGGUUGGUCCCAGCGAGCUCUUCUACCCGGCUCUGCAGUCACUACCGAUGGGCUUUUCGUGGGCAGUGAGGGCGGCCCAACUCGUCCAUGAGGAGCUCCUGCGGCGGGCUGGUCUUCCUCCAGCUCGCCUUCUUCGCGACGGCAUACCUCCUCCUUCGCUCGAGGGGGGGCCUGUUCAGCUGACAUGCGUCGACAACUUCGGGGUCUUCGGCUGUGACGAGGCCGAGGUUGAGGCCACGCAUCGCCAGGCUCUCGAAGGCAUUCGGCACGCAGACUUUCACGUGCAUGAGAUCGAGCAGGUCAGCACUUCUUUGGACAUCGUGGGAGUGCACCUCGAUGGGGGCAAGAAGGUGGUCAGACUAUCCCCCGCCAGAGCGUGGCAACUGUACUCGGGGCUACAUGCUCGCGCACGACGCGGGCGCUGCACUGGGGGGGAGAUGCGAGCCACACUUGGGCACCUCUGCUUCGCUUUCUUGCUUCGGCGCCCUUGUCUGUCCUGCAUCGCGGCCCCCUUUGCCUUUGCCGAGGCUGCAGGAGGGGAGCCAAAGAACCUCUGGCGGAGCGUCAAGAGGGAGCUCAUCAUCGCCGCUGCCCUCCUGCCGCUGGUCUACGCCGACAUCGGGGCGGGCUGGCUCGACCAGGUGGUUGCGACGGAUGCUUGCGAUACUGGGCUUGGCGCCUGUGCUGCUGAGCAGGGCUCUCCAGAUAUACGAAUCACGGGCAGCUACGACGAGCGCUGGAGGUUCAAGAAGGAGGCGAGGGGCGCCAAGCUCGGGUUCAAGCACGUGGUUCGUUGCGGGCGCUGGCGGCACAGCAAGGUGCUCAUGCUGGUGGACAAUAUGUCACUCACGCUGGCCAUGCAGAAGGGCCGCUGUCGCGAUCCAGCCCUCCUGGGCCAGCUUCGUCAGAUGACCGCGCUGCAGCUCGCCACUGGGCUGCGGAUGCGGUGCCGCUGGGUCCCGUCCGAGCUGCUGCUCUGGGCCACGCAUGGCGUCCUCCUCCUGGGCUCCCCCAUCCUGAUGACGGGCGUGGUGUCGAGGGCGCAUGCGACGAGGCGCAGAGUGGCGACAGGCAUCGCGACACGCAACGUGACGCAGCGGGUCGAGGCGGGGCCAGCGAUGCAUCUGGAUCUUCCCGACCUUCGAGUCGAGGAUUACCACAGGCGGAUCGAGGAGUUCUACGAGUACGCCCGCCGCCAGGGCUUGGACGCCAGCACCCUGGACUCGCUGGAGACGUGGUCGCUGAUCCUGGGGCCUUCGGACAGCAACGAAGGCCCCACCAAGACGGGCGUCUACGACGACAGCGUGACGAUGGACCACGAGAACCUGCAGUUCCUCGGCCACUUCUUCAAGCUGUACCGCCAGGAGAGGGGGACGAGCGACUCGCUGUGGGGCCUGACGCAGGCGGAGUUCGAGGCCAUUGUCGCGAAGACGCUGAAUGUGUGCCGGCUCGAGGGCCUGGGGAUCGUCCCCCACGGCCUUCGGCACGCAGGCCAGUCGUGGGGCGUCAUCACGGGCAGGAGGUCUCAGGUGAAGGUCCAGCGUCGCGGGCGCUGGGCCAGCAUGAGCUCUCGCAUCAGGUACGAGAAGUCCAGCAAGGUCAACUUCCUGCUCGUGGGCCUAGACGACAGCGUCCAGGAGUACCUCUGGCUCUGCACGGCGCACCUUGGAGACAUCCUCCUCGGCGCGGUGAGCGACCUUUUCCUCAACAUCUUCGCUGGUUCCGAGGGAGUCGGCAAGACGGUGGCGAGGUGUGGCAUCUCGUCGCCAGAGAUACAGCUCGAGCCUGAGAUCGACAUUUUUGCGCCUGGAAUAAUAAAGGCACUUCUGAAGUUGAUCCGCUCGGUACCGUUCAUGAUCGGGAACCCCGCCUCUGCUAUGCUCUGGUUCGUCCAGUUUUUGAAGCACAUCGCAGAAUCCAAGUUCGCUGAGUCUGUUGUUUUCGACCUGUGCAAGUUCGGGACUGACUUCAGGAAGCCCGCGGAGGUCGCUGGUGGGCGCGCAGAGGUGGCCGUGGGCUCUGAGGAGGCCACGGCCAGCCAGGGUGCUGCCGAGGCGGGCGCGGGCGCGGGGCCGGGCGUCGCAGCAGAGGGGGAGGAGCAGGCGGAGGCCAAGGGCGCGGGCAGGAGGCGCCCCAAGGGGCCCAAGGAGAAGCCGCUCGUCCUGUCGCUCUUCGGCGAAGAGCGCAACCUCGGGGUGUUCCCCACGGUCCUGCACAGCGAUCUGCGGCACCUCGUGGAGAUGCUGCGCCGGGGCAAGAAGCCGAGGCUCUGCGAAGAGCGGGUUGACGCACUGGAGGCCGCCCUGGCGGCGCCGGGCUCCGCCGUCGACUCCCUCGGCGGCCUGCGGCAGCAGGUGGAGGCGUGGCGUUCGGGCGCGCAGAGGUCCUUCGACGCGGAGAGCUACUACGACCGCGAGCGCGCCGAGGGCUACACGAGGCGUAUGCAGGGACCGCAGGAGAGCCUUGCCGCGCGCACGCUGCAGCUCAGCUCGCUGGCAUCCGCGCUGGCGCCAGGCUCGGAUGUACGGCGGCAGGGCUUGCUGGCCGUGGACCUUGGCUGCGGCACCGGCCUCUCCUCGCAGGUGGCGGCCCGCCUGCCUGGUUAUGCCGUCGGCGUGAUCGGCGUGGAUUUGUCAUCCGAGAUGCUGCGCUCACCCAAUUGGAACGAGCUGGUUUCCUCCAAGGCGCCGCUGGCCGCUGAGAGGGUGCGCUGCGACCUGGCGCAGCCGCUGCCCUUCCGGCGGCGCGUGCUCGAUGUCGCAUAUAGCGUCGCCGCGGUGCACUACAUCGCGGGGGACACCGAGCAGCGCAGCGCGGAGAGUCGCCUGGACUCGCUGUUGCACGGCCUGCGCCAGUGCCUGGCCCCGGACGCACGGCCGUGUACUUUCCAGGCGUUCUUGACGAAGGAGCCGCAGGCUCUGCAGCGCUUCAGGGACGCCGCGGCACGCACAGGCUGGGCGCUGUGCGACCUCGUGGUGGACCAGGCGCACGGCGGCUCGGGGGCGCCGAGGGAUUUCCUGUAUCCGAGGGCGCCCCCGCAGCCAGGGCCGCCGAGGCCGCCGCGGUGCGCGCUGCACCGCGCCACCGCGGGGCCCGCGGCCACGUGCGCCAUGGCGCUGCAGGACUGGUGCCAGGAACGGGGCGUCGCGCCAGUCGAGCUGGACUGCGCGCACCGCGCCUGGCUGGAGCGCGAGCACGACCGCUACGCCCGCCGCCUCGUCCGCCUGCACAGGCGUUGCCAGGGCGCGGCCGCUUCCCUG